UUAGUCAGCACUCAACUUCACAUUGGAACUUGAUCUUGACCAACAGGAUUGGAAUCGUGGGAAUAAGAAGACUUUUGACUGACUCCAUUCUCUGAGCUCCACAUUAAAGUUUGCCCAAGUUGGAAUUCUCAGCUUCAACGUUUUGCUAUAACGUUUUUAUUAUUAUUUAAAUUAUCUAUUUAUUGCUCUCCCUCCAAUUUUGGAGGUCUGAAAGUCGGAGAGGUAGCCCCCCUCCAACUCCUGCAGAGAGAGGCUGUACAAAGUUGAAGCUUAUCCGGAGAUGCGGUCCUUCCUCCCGCUUGUCGUGUAUUGCAUCAGCCUGCUUUCCCUCCAGCAGCUGUCGGCUUCACCGGCCGGGGAGCGUCCUGACGGAAACAGCCUGAAUCAUCUCAAAGAACCAAUCGACCAGGAACAGGAGCUUUCCACUCCCUCAGAAGGCCAGUCCAACACUGUCCCAGCAUCUCCAGCUGCAAACAAACUCCACAAAUGGAUGUUAAGCCUCGUGAGGCACCCACCAGCGUCCAGUUUGAGGACGGCAUCUCCUGGCCUGACAUGGGCACAACCUGAUGAGGCUUUUCAGAUCAAGAGAAGGGCUAAGAGAUCUCGUGGCCAUGGACACUCGAAAGGGGGCAGAAACCACCACCAGCAUCCCCAGUUUAAGAGAGUGGGGUGUGUCCUGGGAACCUGUCAAGUACAGAACCUCAGCCACCGUCUGUAUCAGCUCAUCGGUCAGAACGGCAGGGAAGAAUCAUCCCCCAUUAACCCUAGGAGCCCUCAUAGUUAUGGAUGAGCUAGGUUGCCCCUAUAGCAGGUCUGUCAGUAUUUGUCUUUUAAUGUCUUGAUUAUCGUUUUUGCAUUUAGGAUUAAUCUAGUGCACAGUCAGCUUUGACUUAUUUUACAAGUCUCCUGCUUUUACUGUUUGUACUUUAUUGGUGGAUUUUAAAGUUAAAUUUUAAGAUCACAACAGACCAAAUCAACUCCAGGGAUCGACCAUCUCCGUCACAGGAAAAUAUGGACAUUAAAACAUUAUGGACUCUUCAGCUUAAAUGCUAAAAGGAAGCCAAAAGCUGACAUUGGCACAUUUUAAUCUGGAUAAAGUAAGAAUUGAGCUGUGUCUUCAGUGCCAUUCAGUGGAGUACUUCUUGUUGCCAACUGAACUUCAUAGCUUUGGAUCUUUUGCUGUUCACUGAUCACACCCUAAACCUCUAAUGUGGAUUAGAAGCUGCACCAUGAACUGGAGACCUGUCAAAAUCAAUGUGUUUCUGAAUACCUUUUCAACAGUCAAGUGAACCCUUUUACCUCUCCAUCAGCUUUGAAGUUCAUACACUGUGUCUAACAUGAACUCGGAGAUCACCACAACAGUCCUUGAGUUUGUAGCUGAACUUAAUCUGAGGUCAUCCACAGCCACGGCUUACAGCAAACAUUGUGAUUUAAGACACCAUGAAAAGGAAAAUAAGAGUCAGCAUGCAGGGAUUAGUUACUGAGUCAAGAAAAGUUCUGUUUCAAUUUUGUGCUUCACACAGUUGAAAAUAAAAGUGAACACUAUAGUCAGAUUAGCAUUUCAUUGUUUGAGUGGAUCCUUGUUAAAUCUCUAGAGAUAAUUUUAAAAAGUAUUUUAGCAGUUAGAUCAAAUCAGAAAAAUAACUUAAAAUUUAUCAACAAGCUUCUUUAUUUAGUGGACUAGCAGAUGUUGUUAGGCUUCCUGGUUUCAACAACUUAAAAGUUAAACUCCUGAGUCUCUUAUGUCAUCCAAGUUGAGUCUGCAGCAAAGAUCUGAAAGUAGACAAAUCAGAAAUAGGUUAAACACAUUUACUUUCAUUUUUACUUCCAACUAUGUAAUAUGGUGUUACAAUGUGGGUUUGAAACAAAAACCACGCUGACCAAAAUGCUAGCUGUAACAGUGCCCAGUUUCAAAUAUGAACACAAAUAACCAGGCACCAGCAAAAUGCAUGCCCCAACAUUUUGUUGUCUUCUAUUUAUUCCUGCCUCUGAAAUGGUGGGUGGAUGAUGGACCAGGAAUUGCUGGGAAACAAGGUAUAAUUUGUUUGGGUCUUAAAGUUCUCAUCCAUCCAGCCUUCCAUUUUCUAUACCCACUUAAUCCUGUUUAAGGAAACCACCAUCAAGCGAGUGGGUUAUGUCAAAGAGCUGGCAUAGAGUGUAAUCUCUAUGCCAGCUAUUACUGGGCAAGUAGCGGGAAACAAUCUGGAGAAGUCACCAGUCCAUCAUGAAGGCAAGAUUAUAAUCCUAAUGUUUCCACACCCACCAUAUAACCUAAAUCAUAAGGUUUAGAUGCAGCUUGAAUCAAAAUUAGAAUCAGUUAAAAUUUGAACCAACAGGUCAGACUUCAAUCAAAACCAGAAAUCAGUGUUGGCCAGCAAAACUCUGAUUGGUGCAUCUUUAGUAUUAGAAUUAGAUGUAAACUUUUUAAUAGACCUUCAUACGUAGUAGUGUUGGAGUACUAUUUGAGUUGGAAAGUGAGUCACUUCAUUUUAUUAUUAUUCACAUUAUUAUUAUUAUUAUUAUUAUUAUUGUGUGAUAUUUAUUUCCUAUUGUUUUCUGUAAUCUUGAAACAGCAUUAGUUAAAUCUCACCAAAUACCUGGAAAUACUUGACUGACUGAGUGGCCUUGCAGUAUGUGACCCACAUGAUAUGGUACCAUGUUCUUAAUGUAUUUUCCGCUGUUUUUAUUUCUCCCAUCUAUUUUUUUUCCCACCCUGGCUAUAAUCCUUUUAGACCAGAGAUCAAGUCGUGGUAGCCAGCAAUUCCUUGGUCUUAACUCUAAUGUGUUCAAAGCCUCACUAAAGUAAAUUGUGCCUUUCUCUCUGCUGUAACGGAGCUUAUCAAUGUCUCGUGACAAAUCAUUAAACAACUUUUAAACUGACAAACAAAAACAUCUCUCUACUUUCUCAAAAUGUAACUUGUCAGCCAUUCUAUGUGUUUGGAUGAGUUUUGCCUUAUCACUGGUUUGCUUUCACAGUAUGUUUUUGGGACGUCACACAUUGCGUCAUACGGAGUUGCGUUAGCAAACCCUACCACAGUCGAUGGCUUCCGGUUAGAGACCACGGACAGUGUUUCAAGGCUAUCCAUGACUAAGAUUCAUAGGACUUCAGUGAUGUUCCUGUUAGUUUUUCAGCAGACUUGUUUUCUUGUUUUCACAUUUGAGUGUCACGUGUUCUUCUUUAUGGUCACAGGAAAGCACUUUAAUGCAAUCAUGUUGACAGUUUUUUCUACAACUUGAAUUUCAAUGUUGAAGAGCUAGUGACGGUAGGAUGAGGUGCUUCCUGUAAAAGUUGUCUUAUUGUCUGUGAAGAUGUACGUGCGCUCCCUGUGAGGGAGUGCUGAGUGCUCCCGUGAAUAUAUGUUAUACUUUUGUAUUUAAAGAAAGUUAUGUAUUUAAGUAUUUAACUUAUCUUGUAUGAUAAUGCCUGAAUGUCACCGAGAACUAUUUAUCUUGUCUUUUCCAUUGUUCCUUAUCAUAGUGGAAAUUAAGUUUGUUAAAUGUUACUGUUUGACCAUGUUCUUCAGUCUUUAAAAUAAAGAACCAUACUGUGUAUAGUGA